CUCCACCCAAACGCGCGCAAAAAACGAAAACCAAGUCCAAGGUUCUUUCAUCACCUUCGCUUCUCUAUGCUUCCAAUCUAAACAAAAGAUAUCUCCAGGGCUUUUGGUCUCCAACUCAUAACAGUCUUGAAAGUACCCCUUCCUUCUCUCUUCACUUAAAUACAUCCCUCUUCCACUCCUCUCCCUCCCCAAACCGCCUCCAACUCUUCAAUCUCCUGUGCCUCAUCUCCUUCCAGUUGAGAACAGAGCAUAUAUGGCUAUUACAGAGAAUGGAAACAACAACGGCAACACCAAUGGCAACGCUUUCGAGCUCAAAGUGAAACAGGGGGAGCCGACUCUAGUCCCUCCUGCUGAGGAAACAGAGAAGGGUUUUUACAUAUUGUCGAAUCUGGACCAGAAUAUAGCCGUUAUAGUUCAAACCAUCUACUGUUUUAAAUCAGAGGAGCAGGGGAACGAGAGAGCUGCUGAGGUGAUAAAGGAUGCGUUGGCUAAGGUUUUGGUUCAUUACUAUCCGUUGGCCGGACGGCUGACGAUAAGCGAGCAGGGGAAGCUCGUGGUGGACUGCACCGGUGACGGCGCCGUCUAUGUUGAGGCGGAGGCAGACUGCGACAUGGCGGAUAUCGGCGAUAUCGCGAAGCCUGAUCCGGCUACACUUGGCAAGCUUGUUUACAAUGUUCCUGGUGCUAAGAGCAUACUGGAUAUACCUCCUAUGGCUGCUCAGGUGACCAAAUUCAAAUGCGGCGGCUUCAUCCUGGGCCUGGCCAUGAACCACUGCAUGUUCGACGGAAUCGGCGCCAUGGAAUUCGUCAACUCGUGGGGCGAAACAGCCCGCAAUCUCCCCCUCUCCCUCCCCCCUUUGAUCGACCGCAGCCUCCUCAGCCCUCGCAUCCCUCCCCUCAUCCAAUUCCCCCACCACGAAUUCAGCGAAAUCGAAGACGUCUCCAACACCGCAGCACUCUACGAAUCCCAGCCCAUGCUCUACCGCUCCUUCUACUUCGACCCAUCCAAUCUCGACCAACUCAAAACCAAAGCCACCGAAUUCGAGUCCAUUUCCAAAUGCACCACCUUUGAAGCCCUCUCCGGCUUCGUCUGGCGAGCCCGAACCCAAGCGCUGGGCCUCCAUCCCGACCAACAGGCCAAACUCCUGUUUGCAGUUGACGGCCGCUCCCGUUUCCAGCCUCCGCUGCCAAAGGGGUUUUUCGGUAACGGAAUCGUGCUGACGAACUCGCUGGCCAGCGCGGGAGAAUUGCUCGCGAAUCCGGUGGGGUUUGCGGUGGGGAAAGUACAGGAGGCGGUUAGGAUGGUGACGGAUGGGUAUAUGAGAUCGGCGAUUGAUUAUUUCGAGACGACGAGAGCGAGGCCGUCGUUAGCGGCGACGUUGCUGCUGACGACUUGGUCGAGGUUGUCGUUUCAUACGGCAGAUUUUGGGUGGGGAGACGCGGUUCAGUCGGGGCCGGUGGCGUUGCCGGAGAAGGAGGUUAUAUUGUUUCUGAGUCACGGGAAGGAGAGGAAGAGUAUUAACGUGUUGUUGGGUCUGCCUGCUUCGGCCAUGGAAACGUUCCAGGAGAUCAUGGAUGAAGUAAUUUCUGAUGUUUAAAUGUGGUUGUAGCGCUGAUUGGUGUCCGUCCAUUUGUUUGCGUAUGAAUUUGUGGCCUGCUUCUUCGGCGGCCAUUUUAAUUAUUAUGUCAGCCUUUGGUUUGUGUUAAUUUAAGCCUUGUAAUUUUAUUUGAUUAAUAGAAAAAUUUGUAUUCCCUCGUCUUGAUAAAA